AAGUUGAAAAUUCCACUAUUUCACAUAACCUCAAAAUCCUGUUUUAUAAAACCAUAAAAUCUUUUAAUUUAAUAUGAUUUUUCUUUGAUAAAUGAUAACAAUGUUGAAAACAACAGCUAGGAUAAAUUACUUUUAUAGAUAUAAAAAUUUUCUGCAACAUUUGCUCAUAACUGAGCGGUUAUGUUUUUCCACUAGUUCGGUGUACUACUCCAGAGGAAAGAAAGACGAUGUUACCUUAUCUACGUUAUUUAAACCAGUAUCAAUUACACCAACAUCUGAUGAUAUCAAUGUAGGAGCUGAGUUAACGGGUAUAUUAAACAAAGCCGACUUACUAAAAGUGCUAAAUAAGUUUUACCAGUUACCGGAGAUCAAACUGUUGCUAAACGAAAAUGGCUUAGACAAUUACCUACAGCACCAAGCUUAUAUAAGCUUCAGACGGUUCUGUCUAGAUGCUCAAACUUUGCCCGUGGAUCUACACGUAGUGAUCAGUGAUAUUAUGCAAGGGGCUGGUCACCCGACUGAUAUCUUGCCUUACUUUCUGCGGCACGCGAAGCAGAUGUUCCCACAUUUAGACUGCAUGGACGAUCUAAAAAAGAUAUCCGAUUUACGUACGCCUCCCAAUUGGUAUCCUGAGGCACGGGCACUCAACCGUAAGAUUAUCAUUCAUGCUGGUCCCACCAACUCUGGUAAGACGUACCAUGCUUUGGAAAGGUUCAUGACUGCUAAAUCGGGUGUCUAUUGUGGACCGCUGAAGCUUUUAGCCACUGAGGUUUUUAAUAAGUCUAACCGAAAUGGGACGCCGUGUGAUCUUGUCACAGGUGAGGAACGAAGUUAUGCAGAUCCCAGUAAGAAUCCUUCAGCACAUGUUGCGUGUACGGUUGAAAUGACUUCGCUUUCUACACCAUAUGAGGUGGCGGUUAUAGAUGAAAUUCAGAUGAUUCGUGACCCGUCGCGAGGGUGGGCGUGGACUCGUGCGUUGUUAGGUUGUGUUGCAGAUGAGAUCCAUCUGUGUGGAGAAGUAGGUUCCAUCGAUUUACUGCAGCAAUUAUGUUUAACUACAGGGGAAGAUGUCGAGAUAAGAAAGUAUAAACGGCUCACUGACUUACAAAUUGAAGAUACUGCUCUUGGUAGCCUAGAAAACGUUCAACCGGGCGACUGCAUCGUGUGUUUCAGUAAAAACGAUAUUUAUUCGGUGUCGAGGGCGAUUGAAGCUAGUGGCAAAGAGGUCGCCGUUAUUUACGGCGGAUUGCCUCCAGGAACUAAAUUGGCACAGGCCGCAAAAUUUAACGAUCCUGAUAAUAGCUGCAAAGUGCUUGUGGCGACCGAUGCUAUUGGGAUGGGACUAAAUUUGAGUAUUCGCAGGGUCAUUUUCUAUUCCCUUAUAAAACCGGUAGUUAAUGAAAAGGGCGAAAAAGAAAUGGAUACCAUAUCGGUUUCGCAGGCUUUACAGAUUGCGGGACGAGCUGGAAGGUAUGGCACUCAGUGGGAACAAGGGUUUGUGACGACCUUCAAAUCGGAAGAUUUGCAAACUCUUGGGUCACUCCUUAGUCAAACUCCGGAACCGAUAGUUAAGGCUGGAUUACAUCCUACCGCCGAUCAAAUUGAGCUCUACGCGUAUCAUUUACCGAAUGCAACAUUGAGCAAUCUUAUGGAUAUAUUUGUAAAUCUUUGCACUGUUGAUGACUCGUUAUAUUUUAUGUGUAACAUCGAAGAUUUUAAAUUUUUGGCCGAUAUGAUACAGCAUGUGCCAUUGCCAUUACGAGCAAGGUACGUGUUUUGUUGUGCACCCAUAAAUAAAAAGAUGCCAUUUGUGUGCACUAUGUUUCUGAAGUUCGCUCGCCAAUACAGUAGAAAUGAAGCGAUCACAUUUGAUUGGCUCUGUCGCAAUAUAGGUUGGCCAUUACAAUCACCUCGAACAAUUAUCGAUUUAGUACACCUAGAGGCAGUUUUCGACGUUCUAGAUCUAUAUCUUUGGUUUAGCUAUCGUUUCAUGGAUCUGUUUCGUGACGGCCCAUUAGUUCGCGAUAUGCAAAAGGAAUUAGAUGCCAUUAUUCAACAGGGGGUUGUACAAUUAACUAGGCUGUUACGGAACUCGGAAACGGUUGUCAGUUCUGGCGCAUCUGCCGCUCCUGACGAGGAUCAAUUUUCCAUAAAUAGAAGAAAGCAAAAUUAUUUACGAGAACAGAAAUCUGCUCCAAUUGGGGGAGGUAGACUGACCGAACGGCUACUUGCCCAAGGACUUCUAACUCCGAAUAUGUUACAAGAGUUAAAAAAGGAGUGGAUUUCUAAUCCAAAUGAUUCCCAAUCCGAAAUGACAAUGUUACGGCGGAAACGUAAGCCGCCUUAUAAAAAAUAAUAUAAAAUAGUAGAAAAUUGUAAAUAUUGUGCGAGAUGUUUUGUAUAUAGGUUUAUAACCACUAAAAUUAAUAAAAAAUGAGCGUAAAAAUCA